CAACGUCCUGAAGGAAAAGAGGAGGCUGUUUAUCCGCUCAGUGGGCACGGGUACAGUAAAUAGCUUGCUGGAUGAACUGUUAGAGAAAAGGGUGCUGAACCAGGAAGAGAUGGAGAAAGUAAGAGAUGAAAAUGCUACAGUUAUGGAUAAGGCCCGAGCUUUGAUUGAUGCUGUCAUUCGGAAAGGGCCCCAGGCAUGCCAAAUUUUUAUCGGUCACAUUUGUGAAGAUGACCCCCACCUUGCAGAGACACUGCGCCUAUCCUCAGGUCCACAAUCUGGAAAUUUUCUUAAAACACAAGACUCCCAAGCAGUGGUUCAUUCCUCCCCAGCUCUUCAGGCAAUGCCGGAUGACCUGGCUAAGCUUGCAUUGUCAGGGCCAAAAGUGAGCCUCAAGCUUUGUUCACCAGAAGUGGUCGAAAGGAUAUGGAAAGAAAAGUCAGCAGAGAUGUACCCAAUAAUGGGAAAGUCGAUGACCCGCACACGGCUUGCGCUCAUUAUCUGCAACACAGAGUUUGACAAUCUUUCCAGGAGAGCUGGAGCUGAAGUUGAUAUUGCAAGUAUGAAGGUGCUGCUAGAAGGUCUGGGGUACAGUGUGGAAGUGAAAGAAAAUCUCACCGCUUUGGACAUGACUACAGAGCUGAAGGCAUUUGCUGCCCGCCCAGAGCACCGGUCCUCUGACAGCACUUUCCUGGUGUUCAUGUCUCAUGGUAUUCGAGAAGGCAUUUGUGGGAAGAAAUUCUCUGAGAAAGUCCCAGAUGUAUUAGAAGUCAACACCAUCUUUCAAAUUUUUAACACCAGGAACUGUCCAAAUUUGAGGGACAAACCCAAGGUGAUCAUUAUCCAGGCCUGCCGUGGUGAGAAUCAAGGGGUAGUGUGGUUAAAAGACUCAACAGGAACUUCUGGAAAUAGCUCCUCACUGGCUCCAGACGAUUUUGAGGAUGAUGCCAUUAAGAAAGCCCAUGUAGAGAAAGAUUUUAUUGCUUUCUGCUCUUCAACACCAGAUACUGUUUCUUGGCGAAGUCCCACAACGGGCUCUGUUUUCAUUGAGAAACUCAUUGAAAAUUUGCAAGAAUAUGCCUGGUCCUGUGAUCUGGAGGAAAUUUUCCGAAAGGUCCGAUUAUCAUUUGAGUUGCCAGAUGCUAGGGCACAGAUGCCCACUGCCGAAAGAGUGACUUUGACAAGACGCUUCUACCUCUUUCCAGGAUAUUAA